AUGACUUCGAACAUAUCGCCCUUUCUCUAUCCGGGGCCAAUCGCCAAGACAGAUAGUCUGGCAAUCAUUCAUCUCAAGCGGGACCUCCAAAUUCCAACAAUUCUCCGAGACCAUGACGAGGACGACGAAGGUUACUCUGAGGGUAAGGUCGUCAACACCCGAUUCGGGUCCUUUCCGCAUACCACGUUGAUUGGAUUGCCAUGGGGAAGUCAAGUUCGAGCUUCGGUGGUUGAUACGGGAUCGCGAGGACGCCGAGACAAACAGGGACAAAACAAGCAGAAGCGGAAACGGGAGGAGUCCGAGGCUGAGGCAGGCGAUAGUACAGCCAAGAAGGGGAAGCUAGAGGAUGGUCCUAAGGAAGAGAGUGGCGGUGAUACCAAUAUCAGCACCCCGGUUACGGUAAAGGAGGAGAAGGAAGCGGUCGUUGCAUCAACUGGGUUCAUACAUUUACUGCCUCCCACACCCGAGAAUUGGACAAGCUCGUUGCCUCACCGAACUCAAGUGGUCUACACACCCGAUUACAGUUACAUCCUUCACAGAUUGAGAGCCAGACCUGGAACAAAUUUGAUUGAAGCGGGUGCUGGAAGUGGAUCUUUUACACAUGCAUCCGCAAGGUCGGUAUUUAAAGGCUACCUCUCCAAUAUAGAUGGAGAUGUCUCUGCGCAGAAGAAAAAGAACCUAGGCAAGGUCUGGAGCUACGAAUUCCACGAGCAAAGGCAUCAAAAAUUGGAGGAGGAAUUGCAAGAUCAUGGGCUGGAAGGAAUUGUGCAAGUCACACAUCGGGAUGUAUGCGAGGAUGGUUUCUUGGUUGACAAUCAAAGUCCAGGUGCAGAUGCCAUUUUCCUGGAUCUCCCGGCUCCGUGGCUUGCUCUGCCACAUCUCACUCGAUCAGCCCUCUCAACUCCUCCGAAAUCGUGGUAUAACGCUUCCGGAUCAGGGACGCCAAAUCCUGCAAAUGGAACAAAGGAGCCUUCGACCACACCUGCCACACCCUUUAUCUCACCGCUAAAUCCUUCAUGUCCGGUUCAUAUUUGCACAUUUUCGCCGUGUAUUGAACAAGUUCAGCGUACGGUAUCUGUCAUGAGACGGCUUGGUUGGGUAGACAUUGAGAUGGUUGAACUGUCGCAAAGGCGGUAUGAAACCCGGCGCGAACGCAUCGGCAUCGACAGCAGCGGAGGCCCUCAAACAGCACCGGCAACCGUUAGUGAGGCUCUUGCGCGUCUGAUUGAAGUGGAAGGCAAUUCCAGGAUAUUCCACGAGAAUGGCGAGAAGCCGGAAGCGAAACGGGAGAAAGUUAACCCAAAUAAUAGGGCGAAACUGCUGGAAAAUUUGGUGGAAAAGAAAACCUAUAAAGAAGGAAAUUUAAUCCAUAGGUUAGAACCGGAAAUUAAAGCUCAUACGAGUUAUUUAGUGUUUGCAGUUUUACCACAGGAGUGGACUGCUGAGGAUGAGGAAAAGGCGAGGUUGAAGUGGGAUGCUAAAGGCAGGGCAGAUGGUGAUGGAAAGGGGAAUGAGGAAGCAGUUCCAAUAAGCAAGAGGCAACUGAAGAAGGCAGCAAGACAGGCUCAGAAAGACAGAGCUGAGGCUAGGGCCGCUAAUGGACAGAACUCAGAAGAGGCCGUUGAGGUGAAGAACGAAGAUGAAACACGGAUAGAAGACAAUUUAUAG